AUGCUUCCAUCAUGCCGCAAGGGCGCCUGCAUCGCAGCCCUGUCACGACCUGCGCACGGUAGCAGAGUGCCGUAUAGAUUGUCGCCUUCAUGGACCCGAGGCCCUGUCACCAAACAGAUACAGAGACAGCAAUCGCAGUUCCAACCUCUGGUACCGCCGUCGCCCGAGUCAUUAGGGAAGCCCGUCGCAGCCAAGCAGUACCGACGGACACGAGCCCUCCUCAAGAGACUAAUCCAGUUGGGACUUCUCUCGGCCGCUGUCCUGGCAGUCGACAGCUACUUCUUUGACGCCGUCGUUACACGCUCCGCUCGCACAUUCAAGACGGGUCUGGUUGUAGCCCUCGACUACAAGAUCAACUUUCGCGCAAAUCCUCCUUUUGCCGACUCGAUCGCCGACGUCCACCAUCGCAGCGCCGAACGCCUCUUCCACCUUCUUCGCAACAAUGGCGGUCUUUACCUCAAGAUCGGACAGGCCAUUGCCAUGCAGAGUGCCAUUCUGCCUCCAGAGUUCCAGAAGAUGUUCGCCUCCAUGUUUGACGACGCUCCUCAAAACUCCUGGGAGGACGUGAGGCAGGUCAUCAGGGAGGACUUUGGAAAAGACGUCGAAGAAGUCUUUGGCGUGAGCUUUGACGGCGUACAAGACAACAAGGGCAUCAUGGAGAGGACAGCAAGAGCAAGUGCCAGUGUCGCUCAAGUACAUUGGGCUCGUCUGUCCGAUGGAAGAGAAGUUGCCAUCAAGAUCCAGAAGCGAGAGAUCGAGAGACAGGUCGGUUGGGAUUUGUGGACCUUCAAAGUCGUCUCCAAGAUUUACACAUGGUGGUUCGACAUUCCUCUGUACACUCUGGUACCAUACAUCUCUGAGCGCCUGAUGCUCGAAACCGACUUUGUCAACGAAGCAAACAAUGCCAGCGAGAUGCGAGACUUGAUUCAGAACGAGCCUCGUCUCCGCGGCAAGGUCUACAUUCCGAAAGUCUACCGCGAACUCAGCUCCAGACGUGUCAUGACUGCAGAGUGGAUUGAGGGUGUAAGGCUGUGGGACAAAGAAGGAAUCGAAGCAACAUGGCAUGGCGGCUGGCGUAAAGGCAGCCCCGGCGCUGGUGGAGAGCUUCUUACCCCUCCCACAAACGUCCAACUCUCAAACGAUCCCAACAAUGAGAAGCUGAAGCCUACCCGCGAUGACUGGCGCGGUGCAUCCGGCAAGGGCGGUCUAGGACUCAACUACAAGCCCGUCAUGGAAACCAUGGUCUCCCUCUUCUCAGCCCAGAUGUUCCUCUGGGGCCUCGUUCAUUGCGAUCCCCAUCCAGGCAACAUCUUUAUCCGCCGCCUACCCAACGGCAAACCCGAACUCGUCCUCAUCGACCACGGCCUCUACAUCCGCAUGUCCCCCGAAUUCCGCCACGACUACGCUCUCUUCNUGAAAUCCCUCAUGACCUUCGACAACGCCACCAUUGGCCGCAUAGUCAAGGGCUGGGGCAUCAACUCUCCCGACCUCUUCGCCUCAGCAACUCUAAUGCGCCCCUAUACAGGCGGCGAUAACAGCACCAGCGAAAGCAUCAAGAAACUCACCAAAGCCGAGCAAAAACAACGGGCCUACGAAAUGCAAAUGCAGAUGCGCAACGGCAUCCGUCAAAUCCUCGGCGACGAGAAAAAGUGGCCCCAAGAACUCAUCUUUAUCGGUCGUAAUCUGCGUAUCGUGCAAGGAAACAAUCAGUUCUUGGGAUCGCCUGUCAAUCGUGUCAAGAUUACUGGGUUGUGGGCUUCGAGGGCGUUGACGGAGCAACCUCAUCUUACCAUUUCUCAGCGUUGGAAGUAUUAUGCCAAUCAUUUGGUGUUUAGAGCUGUGUUGGUAGGCACGGAUGUGUGGUUCUGGUAUGCCAAGAUUAAGCAAUGGCUCGGAUUGGGCAAAGGCAUGGAUGCAGAUAUUGAAGAGCAGAUGAGAGCAGUGGCGGGAGAUAUGGGCAUUGAAUUGAACCAUGGCAUCUUUGAAGGAUGA